AUGGGGCGGGUAGGGUUGGGGGUGGCGGUGGGGUGUGCGGUGGUGGCGUGUACGAUAGCGGGGUUGCUGGUGGGGAGGAGGGUGAAGAGCCGGAGGAGGUGGGGGAGAGUGGUGGGGGUGCUGAGGGAGUUCGAGCAAGGAUGCGCCACCUCGAUCGGGCGGCUACGGCAGGUGGUCGACGCCAUGGCCGUGGAGAUGCACGCCGGCCUCGCCUCCGACGGGGGCAGCAAGCUCAAGAUGCUCCUCACCUUCGUCGACACCCUCCCCAACGGGUAAAAUAUGAUAUUUCCUUCUUCCUCUCCCCUUCCCUCUUCCCUCUCCCCUCUCGCCUCUUCCCUCAUUUUUUUCCAAAAUUUUCCUUGGUUCUCUGCCGCACCGCGCGCUGCCAGAUUCGGUGAAGCCUCUCGCCAUGUUGACGGGAAUCAGCCUUCUCCGCAUUUGAAUCCGCUUCCAGCAUUUUCCUUGUGGAAUGCGGACAUCCCCUUAUCCAUUCCUUGUUCCCAUUCUUAUUCUUCUUCUUCUUCUUCUUCUUCUUCUUCUUCUUCUUCUUCUUCUUCUUCUUCUUCUUCCGGGUGCCCAUAGUUUGCGAGCUUCUUUUUCAUCCUUCCUUCCUUUCUUCUCUCUCCGAGAUGGACGACGGCAGUCCUUGGCUUCUAUUCGGGAGCCCCAUGUCGUCAAAAUCAGAUCUUCCUUAUUUGUGACCAAACCCCUCCCUGCGGGCUCCUUCCGCGAUGCCCUAGCGGCAAAGCCCGGACACGUUUUGCCGCUUAGUCCCUCGUAAGCUUUCCUUUUCAGCUGCCGUCUCUCUGAGCUGGUUGGUACUCUGCCACAAGGGAUGCCCACGGACAAUAUCCCCCCCUCCCUCUUCUCUCUCUCUCUCUCUCUCUCUCUCUCUCUCACCCUGACUGCGUCCAAAUCUCUAAUGUUCAUCCCAGAGAUCGUUGAGGCUGAAGGCUGGAUCUCUCCGCCUCUCAAGCGUAGGCAGUCCUCUGUUGAUCUUCUUCAGAUAUAAAUAUAAAUAUUUAUAUAUAUUUAUAUUGAAUGUAACGAAUGAAUCGGGUUCUAUUCAAGAAAAAUCCUAGUCGUUAGAAAAAGUGACUCGUUCGUUGUGUAUCUUUAAAUUUCAGCUUCCUUCGAUCGGUGGACUCUACUUUCUUCUUUUCUAUGGGUUAGCAAGGUGUACUGAAUAUCAUGUGGGCGGUUAAUUUCAGGAGUGAGAAGGGCACUUUCUACGGCCUUGAUCUCGGGGGCACCAAUUUCAGGGUCCUGCGGGUUCAGUUGGGGGGCAGCAGGUCCUCCAUCUUGGGCUGCCAGGUUGAGACCCAACCCAUCCCUCAGCACCUACUCACCGGCUCCAAUGAGGUGGUCUCCCCCCCUCUCUCUCUCUCUCUCUCUCUCUCUCUCUCUCUCUCUCUCUCUCUCUCUCUCUCUAGCUCCUCUCUCCUCUUAUCUGUAUCGUCCACAUGUUAUCGGCAUUAUGUUCGUGCGCUGGCCGGAGGGAGAUAUUGGCUGUGUGUUGACUUUAAUGCCAUGUGUGUGCAGGAGCUGUUCGACUUCAUAGCGACGAGGUUGAAAAUUUUCAUCGAGAAGGAGGGAAAUGAGGAUGUGCUCCCGUUGGGGAGAACCCGGGAGCUCGGAUUCACGUUUUCUUUCCCCAUCCGGCAAAUCUCUGUUUCUUCGGGGGUCCUCAUCAAGUGGACCAAAGGGUUCUCCAUCGAGGGCACCGUACGUUGCCAGUUCGGCAUGAUGCUGUCUUUUUGUUCUUUCUCUACUCGCUCUUGGGCUCCAGCUGCCGCCAACUGCUUUCUCUCUUCCACCCCCAUCAAAUCUCGCUAUCCGCAUUUCUCUCUUUCUUUCUUCCUUCUUCAUCUGCAAGGAUCUUGAGGUUGCCUGAUAUAGCCUUCUCUGCUCUCCCCUCUGGCAACAUAGCGCAUUCCCUCCCUAUCCUCCUCUUUCUCUCUAUCUCUCUCUAGAAUUUAUAAUCUGGGUCUGAAUAUCCGAAAAUGAGAGAGCCUUCAGCUUUUUUCAUCUCAGCCUCUUAAAAUAUUGAAGAUUUAUCACGGUGAAUUGUUAGGGAAGUAGAAUUGGGAGCUGAGCUAGUUGUCACUUCUUCAGGACGUUGACUAAUGCUUUUUGCGAACUCCGGCUCCAAAUUCUCCCCGUUGACCCAUGGCUACGUGGGCUUCGCUGUAGCUUGGAAUGACUGCUCUUGCAGCCGAUGUGACUGACACUCGGCCCUGCUUGUGUUCAGGUUGGCGGAGACGUCACCCAGUUUCUUGAAGAAGCCAUGGCAAGAGUGGGGCUGGAUAUGAAGGUCUCAGCUCUGGUAUGAUUGCCUAACAUUCCCUUCUUCGUCUUGGAAGAUUUCGAGUACCAACUUUAUUUGGUCAGCUGAUUUAAAUGCUAUUAUCGUCAGAAAAAUCCCCAUUUUAUUAUUUUUACCAAUGUCUCCUUAAAGCUAUCCCCAAGACCUUUUCUCAGUCAACCUUCUGGUCUGAUCCAAAAUCGGGGCAAGAGUGGAAGGAAAGCAGGAAACGGCGUGCUAGUCUGUCUGAUUGGUUAUUUCCUGGCCCAGAGGCAUCUUGUCUAAUCCCAGGGCUGCUGAUUCUGAGUUGUCUGAGUAGUUUAGAAGCUACUUACUUUGAUGACGGUUCAUCUCCCGGGCUUCUUCUAGCUUAGUUUAGGAGAAAGGGGAGGGGGGUUACGCCUCAGUAGCUCAAUAUUCUGCCUAGCGAAUGCGGGGCCAUCUCCCCUUCUUCCUCUUCUUCUCUCUAGGCGACCUUAGCAUUUUGUUCGUUCUGCCACACUGCCGUCCUGUGAGAUGCUUAAAUAUCACCAUCAAUCUUACUAUGAAUGAAUCUAAACCCAAGGAUAUGAGUGCCUUCUGGAUUCUUCAAACUCUACUUCGAUGGGGAGCUGGGCAGCUCUGCUUCACUUUGUUUCACCAUAGACGAAUCUGUUCUCGGAGGCCAAGCCAAUAUUUCGUCGAAGAACAGAGGAAAAGAAAGGAGAUACCCACGUUGGUCACCCAAGCUAUGAAUCCAGACCAGGGGGAUUAAUGCCUUGUAGAUUGCCCUGCUGUCUCUCUCUCUCUCUCUCUCUCUCUCUCUCUCUCUCUCUAGCUAGCUCUAGGGGUGAGGAUGAUGGAGGCCUUAAUCUGGUGGGUGGGUCUGUGUUGGCAGGUGAAUGAUACUGUGGGCACAUUGGCUCUGAGCCACUAUCACGACGAGGACACAAUCGCAGCGGUGAUCAUCGGGACAGGCACCAAUGCAUGUUACGUUGAGCGGACGGACGCCAUCAUCAAGUGCCAGGGGCUCCUCACCAACUCCGGGGGCAUGGUACCCUCCCAAUCUCUCCUGUUGUUCCUCAGCUCAGCUAACCCCGUCCCUUUCUGAAUCUUUGCUGAUGGGAGUGAGGAACCCCGGUCUUUGCAGGUGGUCAACAUCGAAUGGGGGAACUUCUGGUCUUCUCACCUGCCGAGGACGCCCUAUGAUGUCGCCCUGGACGAUGAGAGCCCAAACCGGAACGACCAGGUCAGGAGAAGGAAUGAGAAGGAGAGGGAGGUUGGGCUUCCUCUUCGAGUGGGCUAACUCGGGGGAUUUGCCUGGUUUUUUAGGGUUUCGAGAAGAUGAUCUCGGGGAUGUACCUGGGGGAGAUCGUGAGGCUGGUGCUGUGCAGGAUGGCCCAGGAGUCGGAUAUCUUCGGGGAUGCCCCGGCUCCCAGUCUAGCUGCUCCAUUUUCGUUGAGGUAUAUAUAGUAUGAUAUCUCCUCUUCUUGAACGGUCGGGCCUUCUAUCUUGUUUCCUCUGUAUUCCAAAUGUGCAUGUCUUUCUUCUGCACCAGGUUGGCUGGCUGGCUGGCUGGCUGGCUGGCUGUUGUUCACUCUCUUAUGAAACCGCUUGGUAUGUGAUCCAGGACUCCCAUGGUGGCCGCCAUGCACGAAGAUGACUCGCCAGAUCUCAGGGAGGUGGGCAGAAUCCUCGAAGAAGCUCUUCAGGUAUGGACUGCCCCCCCACUCCCACUGUCUUUUUGCCCACACUGACAACUCAAAAUCUCCCUCCUGUUCCAAUGUGCGCUUUCUUUCCCUGUUCUCUCUCGUAGAUACCCGUUGCCCCUCUCAAGACGCGGCGGCUGGUGGUAAGGGUCUGCGACGUAGUGAGUCGGAGAGCCGCCCGGCUGGCGGCGGCGGGCAUCGUGGGGAUACUGAAGAAGGUGGGCAGGGACGGCAGCGGCGGCUUCGCCGGGGGGCGGAGCAAGGGCAAGCCGAGGAGGACGGUGGUGGCCAUCGAGGGGGGGCUGUACGCGGGCUACGCCAUGUUCAGGGAGUACCUGGACGAAGCCGUCGGGGAGAUCUUGGGGGAGGACGUAGCCCAGAGCGUCGUCUUCAGGAUCUCCGAGGACGGGUCUGGCGUCGGCGCCGCUCUCCUCGCCGCGUCGCGCUCCCCUGAAAACCAGUCGACAUUCUGA